GUUAAUCAAACAAAUAUUUAGGCGCCAUUGUGGGUCCAAAUGUCCUUGUGUUUGAAGACUUUCUUCAUCGUCGUACACAUUUUCUCUCACUCUUACUGCUAUAUACAGCGGGGUUUGGAAGAUCCAUACGCUGAAACACCUAAAUGCGAACCUAUACGUAUAAAGGCUUGUCAGGAUCUACCAUACAACAUCACUAUAUUCCCAAAUGAUAUGGGGCACGCUACUCAAGAUGAUGCCGCCCAGGAGAUCGGUCAAUAUACACCAUUAGUUCGAACUACUUGCAGUUCUUCCUUAAAGUUGUUUUUAUGCUCAUUAUUUUUCCCUGUCUGUACUGGAAUGAAAAAACCGUUACCUCCUUGUCGAUCUUUGUGUGAACAAAACCGUAAGGACUGUGAACCACUUAUGCGGGGUUUUCAUUUUGAGUGGCCAGAAAUAAUGAAUUGUGAUCGUUUCCCAGAAGAUUCGUUGUGUAUAGCUGAAAAUAAGACAGAAAAACGGGUUUCUAAGGAGCCUUCGUUCGUGUGCCCUGUUCAUAUGAGAGUUCCUCCGAGUUUUGAAUUUCGUAUAAGAAUGAGCAGGAAUCAAAUAAUUCAAGACUGUGGAAUUCCUUGCGGUGAUUUCCUUUUUGGCGAUUCUUCUUCCAGGAAAUUUUCUCGCUUGUGGAUCGGUCUCUGGAGUUUCUUGUGUGCAGCAUCUACGUCAUUUACAGUUCUCACCUUCCUCAUUGAUAUGCCUCGUUUUCAGUACCCCGAGAGACCGAUAAUAUUUUUGUCAGCUUGUUACCUGAUGGUGGCUCUGACAUACGUUGCAGGUUUUAUUUUAAAUGACGGUGUCGCUUGCUCUGGGCCUUUUCCAGCACCACAAUCUCUCAGUGGUCAAAUUGAAAUGCCGCGACUCGUUACUCAGGGAACAAAGUUUGAAGGAUGCAUCAUUUUAUUCAUGUUGCUUUACUUCUUUUCUAUGGCUAGUUCUAUUUGGUGGGUGGUUUUAACAAUCACUUGGUAUUUAGCUGCUAAAUGUCAUUGGGCACAUGAAGCUAUAUCACGUAAUGCACAGUAUUUACACUUUGCUGCAUGGGCUAUUCCAGCUGCUAAAACAAUUGGAAUAUUAGCUUUGGGAAAGGUUGACGGCGAUCCAUUAUCUGGUGUAUGCUUUACCGGAUUAACAGAUCCAGUUAUACUGAGAGCAUUUUUAAUUGCCCCAUUAUGUUUGUAUCUUCUGAUUGGAACUUGUUUCCUGUUUGCUGGUUUUGUAUCAUUAUUUAGAAUUCGUACAAUCAUUAAAACUGGAGGUUCAAAAACAGAUGACUUAGAGAAAUUAAUUAUGCGAAUUGGUGUAUUUAGUUUACUGUACAUUGUACCAGCAUUAGUAGUAAUCGCCUGUUAUUUACAUGAAUCUAGAAUGUCUGAAAAAUGGAUGCUUACAUGGUAUACAACUGAAGUAUGUCGUAAAGUGGAUCCUAAUCAACUAGCCGAUUCUAUAUGUCCUGGACAUUUCAAACGACUGGUUGAAGCCGGUAGUUCAUCCCGAUCAGACAAUUCCGAUAUUUCUGUUAGUCAAAAUAUAUUUGCCAAAAUAUCUGCAUUAGAAAAACCGGAAUUUGAAUUAUUUAUGAUUAAAUAUCUUAUGACAUUGAUUGUUGGUAUAACAAGUGGUGUCUGGAUAUGGAGUGGAAAAACACUUGUAUCAUGGAAACGUUUCUUCGCACGAGUUUUCCGUCGUCGUAGUUGUUGUGAUAAUAAAAAUAUCGAUCUAACUGUUUCAAGUACGCGUUCCGGUCUUGUCGUAGCUAGACGAGGUGUUCAGUCGAAUGCUCUACCAACUGGUGUAACAUCAAAUCCUGGUUCUGUUCCCUUAUUAACACGUACAAUACAAUCAUCUCACCCAGUACAACCGUAUAUUUUCAGUCAGGAUACAACAACAACUACUAGUGGAUGGGCAUCAAGAGGUGCACCAUCUGGAGUAACUGCACCACCAGAUAUUUCGUCAACUCCCGUGAGUUAUGCUGGCCAGCCUAACUGGUUAGCUGCUAGUCCAAAUUCAGUUCAGAUUAAUGCUGGUCUACAAACUGGUAUGAUAAAUACAAAUGCACAAAGUGUUGUGCCCACUAAUUCUGGUCUAGGCUUACUGUAGUUAUGAUGUCGUGUGGUUAAUAUUUAUGAUCAGUGUAUCUAUUUUCCAAGAGAAAAUAUAUCUUCCAUCACAAGUCCUACCAAUAUUUACAAUUGUUAUUAUCUCGCCUGUAAAUUUAUUUGGUAUCAUAUAACUCACUAAUUUACCCUUAUGAAUAUUACACUCGCAAAGAAUUGUAAUCAUUUUUUCCAUUUAAUUCUUCCGCCUUUACCUCGCUUUACAACAUGUGGAGUUAGUCAUCUGUCAUGAUGUCUAGUUUCUUUAUAACAAGUGGUAUCCUUGUAUGGCUUAUUAUCUUUCUCUGUGCUUUUCCGUGUGUUAACUAGUAUGAUAAAGCAAACUAAUCAUCUGAUUUCAUUUGUUUUCUGUGUAUUGUGAUUAAUGUAAAUUGUAGGAUAUGCAUUUACAUGUUUUAUUUAUUUAUUUAUUUAUUUACUUAUUUAUUACAAGAACGCGUUUGCAUCUGCCCUCUUCAUGCAAUGUACAAAUAUACACUUUUUUGUGAAAGACGGUAAAAUAAAAUACCAUUGCAGUAUGAAGCUACGGUAGAUAUCUGGUUUUCUCAUCCUUAUUUUGUAUUUGCGAAAUUGCAUAGAAUAUCUUCAAAUUGUUGUUUUAUAAUUACAUUUAAUCGAACCUAUAUGUAUAAGUUGAUAUCUGUGUUAUUUGAAAGCUUGUGUUUAAUUAACCUAAGGCAAUUAUCGAGUGGAAUUUCCAGAAAUUUGAAUAAUGGAGUCAACCGCAGCUCACUUUUUAAUGAUCUCUACUUUUACUUGAUAAUAUUAUAUUUUGUUGUAGAAUGUAGUUUUUUAUAAAUGCCAUCUUCCGGUUUUUCAAUAAUCCUUUGUUUACUUGAUUUUUAUUUUCUUCAUCUUCACUUGUUUUAUUUUCCUGUUUGCGUCUGAUCACCAUUUCUUGUUUAUUGUUUGAUGCUUCCACCAAACAGAAAAGUGUUUACACUUCACCCUAUUGUCCUUUUCGCAAAUGCUUUCAACACAUAACCCGACUAGCCGUUAAAUAAACAAUUUUUAACGCUCUUUUUUUAAAUGCUUAGCUUUUUUGCCAAUUUUGUUGUAGAAAUAUUGGUCUUAGUUGCGUAUUUUCUAAGAUGGAUUAACCUCGUGUCGCUUAUAACCUAAGACGAAUAUGUUAACAGACUGAGCAUUCAAUUAAAUAUUUCCGGCAUCCGAUCACAUUUAAUAUGGUGGGAUGAUAUGACAUUAUGUAAGUUUUCUAUUUCAAUUCUCACUAUUUACUGUUAUAAUUGAUUGAUAAAUUUUGACUACUUUUUGCAUGGCCAAUUGAUCUUGUAAAGUAUAUAUACCCAUUCUAAUUGAGUUUCUUAUUAUGAAGCUGUUCAAUUUGUUUAUACAUUCAAGACUGAAAAUUUUCAAGUAAAACUAAACGUUCUCUUCAGAAACAUGAAUUACCGUUACACAGCGUGUUCGGUCACUUAUCAAAGAAAACGGAUAAAUAUUGCCCAGCAAUUUAAAGUUUAGAAAAUUAGUAAGUUUCCUAGCCACUCUCAUCUGCUACUGAAAUGUAACAACCAUUCUAUUGUUAUGACUAAGUGUCAUGAUCAACUAUUAUGAUAUUUGAAGAACACAUGAUACAGUGACGUAUUCACUCUUAAGUCGUUUACUGAUUUCAUUGAUCAUUAUGUGAAAUCUGUUCCUGAAAUUUUCACCUAGGAAAAAACAGCUAACCGCAUAAUCUAUUAAUAAAUCAUUUCGUCAUGAAUUGGUAGCUUUGCAGAGUGAUUAUACGAAUCCUGUUGGUGCCGUUUUCGUGGCCGAAAUAGUCGCGGUUUCGGUUGGUUGACAAGCGGUGCCCACUAUUUAUUCUUCAGCGAAACAUUUUCAAAUUAUCCGGGAUUUCCCUAUCUUGUUCUGAUAUCAACUAGCAAGAUCAAUUAGUAAUGUACUGAGGAUUCUUGUCAAUGCUAUCUUUCAGCUGAAGUUAUAGCGAACAGUCGGUCACGGUUCACGUCACAUUCAUUUCAAUCACGUAAUCUGACAAACGCCCGCCAGCUUUGCAUCCAAAUACCCAAAUGAAAAGUCCCGUCGGUGCGUAUGAGAAAGCACCAUCGAAAUCAAGAGAAGCGGGAAAGUUUUACAUGGUUUUAUUUAACUACAUCAGUCCUAACGAUGUAUUACCGAAUCAUUACUUACUGACAAAGGUCCUUACUAGUUAAUUUUUAAGGUCCAUCCCUAGCAAUACGCUUGCCAAGAGUUUUGAUCAAGUGGCUUUACCGAUACAUCCAUUUGAAAUUGGCUUUCCCAUGGUCGUUCCGAAUAACAGUUAUAACGAUCAGUUGGGAGCGUGUCCAAAUAAAGUAUGGCUAAAUGAUCCUCAAGGUAGCCGUAAGUAAGGAAAAGGUGACAAUAAUGUAAUCAGUUACGGAAACGAGUAGUCGCUGAACGCCUCAUCUCGCUGUCACCUAGAAACUUCAUCGACUGGAUUCAAAGAAAUUGAGGUAUCAUAUCGACAGGACUGAAGUACUUCCUCUGGAUAAGAAUAAAUGGAAAAAAAGAAAGAUUGUUUUUUAUUCAUUACUUACUUAUACAUCUAUUUAUUCGUGCAUACACUUAUUAGUUAUGUAAAAAAACUAAUCUUCGAAAAAAUAUUCUUUUUGGGUGGGGUUUUUGCUUGUACAAAUGUCUUAACGUCACUUUUAUUGAUCAUGCUACUGGUGUUUUUAUGUAAUUUGAAUGCCUUUUUCCUUUGAUAGAUAAUGAGUCAGUAAAUGGUUAUCUGUAAUUUCUUGUAAAGCGUAGUUAAAAUAAUUACCUUUGUUACACACACU